AUGGACAUGAUGCUUUCUGUUUUCCUAGAGAUAAAGGCAGAGGACAUUCCAGCUUCUACUAGUACAUCUGCUGAUACAAUCAACAAAGCUACUUGUCUGGCUCUUAUUUUAGGAGGAACAGACACCACAACAGUGACAUUAACAUGGGCUUUUUCUUUACUAUUGAACAACCGUGAAGCCUUAAGGAAGGCUCAACAUGAAUUAGACAAGCAUGUUGGUCGGGAAAGGCAAGUGAAGGAAACAGAUGUAAAAAACCUAGUUUAUCUCCAAGCCAUUGUCAAAGAGACCAUGCGACUAUAUCCAGCUGCACCACUUUCUGUGCCACAUGAAUGCAUGGAAGAUUGCACUGUGGCAAACUAUCAUGUAAAGGCCGGGACGCGCCUUCUAGUCAAUCUUUCCAAGAUUCAGCGAGAUCCAAAUGUUUGGGUCGACCCUGACCAAUUCCAACCAGAAAGAUUUCUUACAACUCACAAGGAUUUUGAUGUUCGAGGCCAGAAGUUCAUGCCAUUUGGAAGUGGUAGGAGAAUAUGCCCCGGAAUUUCUCUGGCUCUUCAAGUUGUACAACUUACGCUGGCUCAUUUGUUACAUGGGUUUGAAAUUGCAACUCCAUCAGGUUCAGAUGAACCAAUCGAUAUGGGUGAAACGCUUGGAAUGACCAACAUGAAGGCCACUCCAGUUGAGGUUCUUCUCACCCCACGCCUUCGUGCUCAUCUUUAUGAAUGUGUUGAUUAG